AUGACGGGUAGUAUCUGCUCCAUUGGAGCACCUGGUGAACUGUGCCUUGAAGGCCACACUCUGGCUCGCGGUUAUCACAACGAUCCAGAGAAAACGAGACUAUCGUUCUCCACCAGCCUUCUUGACUCUAUUCCAGGAAGGAAUUCUGGAAACAGGGUUUAUCGAACUGGAGACAUUGUUCGCUAUGAACCUGAUGGCACAUUAGACUUCCUCGGAAGGCGAGAUGGCCAAGUCAAGGUCCGCGGUCGUCGAAUUGAUGUGGGCGAGAUUGAGCAUCAUAUCCAGCAUGCUAUGGCAGACGAUCCAUCAUUUCACUCCAGCACUGUCCAGCUCCAUUGGCGGGACAGGAAAGGGCACGGGGAGCCUGAAAUCACAGCGCCAUUGAGGAUGGAUAUGCUUCACGACGAGACUGUACUUGAGGUGCCUUGUACGUUGCUCUCAAUGACAGGCAAGAUCCCUACAUCCACCAAAGCCUCACAAUUGAGGUACGGAUUACGCCGCCUCCUUCCCGAGUACAUGAUUCCAAGCAUCUUUAUUGCUGUCGCCCGUUUCCCUACCACUGCAUCAGGAAAGCUAGACAAGGAGUUUGCGCAAGGCUGCAUCGAAUAUCUCUUGACGCGAGGACGACAGGAAGCAGAACAAGAUGAGAUUUGGUCCGUAGCUGAGACCCGUGUUCGAGAAUGGUGGUCCACUAUUCUCGGAGUGGAUGCCAGCCUCAUCAGCCGUCAUGAAAACUUCUUUGUCCUUGGUGGAAAUUCGAUACAUGCUAUCAGACUGGUUAGCCUAGCACGCUCCAACAGCUAUCGCUUGCAGUAUGAAGACAUCUUUUCGUCUCCUGCUCUCGUUGACAUGGUAUCUCGUCUACUGCCAAUUGGUCAUGAUGAUGAGAACAAGCCCGAGUUACUGUCUUCACCCGAACCUUUUGAGCUCAUCUCCGAACCUGAUCUAAAGUCUGUUUUCGAUGCUGCGUUGCUCUUGCACAAUAUCAGCAAGAAUGAGGUUGAGGAUGUAUAUCCUUGCACAGCACUUCAAGAGUCACUCAUGGUUGAGACAGCGAGAUGUCGCGGCGCUUACAUGUUGGUCGAGACUGUUGAAGUCCCCGCUUUACAGGUCACACGAUUUCAGGAAGCAUGGUUUUCAGCGUUCAAGGUGUACGAGAUAUUGAGGACCAGGAUCGUGCUGAGCCAUGGUCAGAAACAUGGGGCAUGGCAAGUUGUGAUGAAGAACCACCCUCUGCGAUGGACCGAGUUUCCUGACGUCGACUCUUUCGUUGAGUUUGCCUACGACUCACAGGACUAUGGGAAGCCGUUGUUUCAGCUAGAAAUCAUUGAGGACUUUGACAAAGCCAAUAAGCAAGGUAAUCAAGACGUGGUAAGAUGCGGCUUUUGUAUUCAUCACGCCGCCUACGAUGGGUGGUCUCUGUCAAAUAUCUGGCAGAGAAUCUACCAAGAGCUCUCCGACAGCCCAGCAAGCUACUCAUUCAACCAUGUCACUCCAUACAAGUCGUUCAUCCGCAAUCUGACUCAACAAACGUCGGAGCAAGCGAUCGCCCACUGGGAAGAAAGGUUUGCUGGAAUUUCUAACACGCGACUAAUCCCCCGAUCAAGCCAUGUAGAGCAUCGUCCAUUGGCAACCGAUUCAACUCAGAGGACUGUCCAAUUACCACGCUUGCAUGACCAGAGUCACCUACAAGAGUCUGCUGCCGCAAAUAUUUCUGGCAUAGAAGCCAUCGCUGGUCCGACUAUUGUCAUGGUUCCGUCUCGUACCCUUAUCAACUACGGCUCUUCAAUGUCGGAUCUAGCGGCCGUCGUGCAGCGCAAUAAUCUCACUGCUAUCCGCUUCUCUCACAUUGGCUUGGAACAGAUCUCUCGCAUCAACCCAGAUUGUCGUCAGGCCUGUCAGUUUGACAGCAUUUUUGUCGUUCAGCCUCCUUUAGACAAGACGAUGGUAACGACAUCUACUGAUGUCGUUCGCCAGACUGUCGAUACAAAAGGGUUCUUCUCAAGUCCUUUGAUCGUGGAGGUACAGUUGUCGGCGGAUAGCGAGGAAGUGACAGUCACGAUGAGCUUCGACCCUAUCAUAGCAUCAAACCGAGAAGCCGAACUAAUGUUAGACACUUACAUUACGAUUCUCGGCAACCUUUUCCAUUCACCUGAGGAUACGCCGUUGCAACAGAUAUCUGCACUUUCUCCAGACCACAUUACACAGAUUGGCACGGCCAAUAGCAGCUCGACCAAAUCAGUUCGAGCUUGCGUCCAUGAUCUCGUGCGGAAGCAAGUGGAAUUGAGCCCGUUCCUCACUGCAAUCGAUUCGUGGGAUGGAUCAAUGACAUACGCCGAGUUGGACGAUUUGUCAACGUCUGUAGCACAGAAGCUUUCUUAUCUGGGCAUCAAACCUGAGAGGGCAGUAUGCAUGCUAUUUGAGCAAUCCAAGUGGGCUAUCGUUGCAAUGCUGGGCGUUGCAAAAGCGGGAGGCUGCUUUGUGCCUUUGAAUCCACAAAACCCAGUCAAGCGACUUCGGCAUCUUGUCCAAACUGUGGACGCUUCAGUAAUUCUCACAUCACUCCAACACCAAGAACUUUCCACGUCUCUUUCCGGAUGCAAGGUUAUGGUUGUUAGUCCAAACAGCCUCCCAUUACCAAUAGCGGCCUUCUUGAAGCCGCCUCAUACAUCUCGCAUACCUGCGGAGCCACACCACACAGCCUACAUACUUUUCACCUCUGGAAGUACUGGGCUUCUGAAAGGAGUUGUCAUCGAGCACCAAGCUCUCUGUUCAUCAUUGGUCGCUCUCACAGACCGCAUCGGCAUGGGAGCCCAUUUGCGAACGCUACAAUUCAACUCUUACUGGUUCGACGGAAUGUUAUUGGAAAUCUUUGGCACUCUCAUCGUUGGCGGAACUAUCUGUGGCCUCUCCGAGUCAGAGCGCAUGAACGAUCUAGCAGGCAGCAUUGAAAGGAUUCAUGCCAACACCAUCACUACACUUGCGACUUCUGUAUCACGCUUGAUCGAACCCAGCAGUGUUCCUUCCCUCGAGACUGUGUGCUUGGGAGGCGAGCCCGUUCUACCCAGCGAUAGGGAUCGAUGGGCUUCAAAUGUCAGACUAUUGUCAGUGUAUGGUCCCACUGAGACUUGCAUCAUCAUGCUAGUUGGAGAUAUGGAGCGCAACUCGCCAGCCACGUUGCUAGGUCAACCGGUCGGAUGCCGCGUCUGGGUCGUGAAUCAUCUGAAAGACAACGAGCUGGCGCCUCUGGGCGGUAUUGGAGAGCUUUUCAUCGAAGGUCCUUGUCUUGCUCGAUAUUAUCUCAACGAUGAGGACAAGUCUUCGGCAACGUUUGUCUCCGACCAGCCGUGGAUGGUUCAAGACCCGCAUCUGCUGAAGCCUCAGCGUGUCUACAAGACUGGCGAUCUUGUUCGUAUGAGCCCUAAUGGUACUGUGACCUGGAUUGGCCGCAAAGAUUCGUCACAGGUCAAGAUUCGCGGUCAACGAGUUGAGCUCGCAGAAAUUGAAGAAGUCAUAAGGCAGCACAUUCCCCAAACCAUCCCAGUUGCCGUAGACAUCUUUGCACCCAGUAACAAUGAUGAGAUGCAGAUAUUAGGGGCAGUACUGGCGACAAGCAGCGUUUUGCCUGGAGGAUCAAGUGAUCAGGUGGCUGCUUACAUGCAGAGGCUUACCGUUGACCUGAUGCCAAAGCUCAAGGGCACACUGCCGCAUCAUAUGGUUCCAAGCGUUUUCAUUCCUUUGUCUGAUUUACCUUUCCUAAGCACAGGUAAGUUAGAUCGGAAGACAUUGCACCGCCUUGCUCUACCUUUGGCGGCCGAAAUGUCCAAGGGGACAGCUACCACAUCUGGUCAAGCGCCAGAAACACCGAAGGAGAAGCUUCUCGGCGAUUUGUGGACAGAGGUUCUUGGAAAUCAAGACAAGCCAGCGGGUCGCACCGACAACUUUUUCAACGUCGGGGGAAAUUCGAUGAUGGCCAUGAGAUUGGUUGCGCUGGCAAGAUACCGGGGCUUUGCACUGACAGUCGUGGAUAUCUUCAACCACCCAAUUCAAUCCAACAUGGCUGACAUGGUCCAGGCUUUGGAUCACGAGGAGGAUUUACUGAAAGAAGAAACACAGGACGCUAGUACAUUUGACGAGAAGGCCUAUAGCCUCUCUACACUUCAGCAUCUGUCACACGAGGCCAUGCCGAUUUGUGUGGACAAGAUCGAACAGAUAUACCCGUGCACCAGCAUGCAAGAGAUGUUCAUGUACGGAUCAGAGGCUUGGCCUGGAGCCCACGUCACGCAGUGGAUAUUCUCACUAGAUGCAAGCGUCGACAUCCUUACUCUUGGAAAAGCCAUUGACCGCUGCGUCGUCCGCUAUCCAACUAUGAGAACUCGUAUUGUACGGAAUGUGCAGACAGGACAGCUUGUUCAGGUUGUCCUACGCAAGGGAAAUGAGGCUCCGUGGUCUGUUUUCCUCGCUGAAGAUGUCGACUCGGCCAUGGAACAGGAAAGCUCGGGCCCUACUCAUCUUAUUUGGUCACUGAAUCAUGCCGCUUAUGAUGCGUGGAGCCUUGGGAUGAUGCUGAGGUCCAUUGGUCAAUAUUACGCCAACCCGGAAGACGAUCCAGAAACUUCUCUACCUUUCAGUGGAUUCAUACAUCAUGUCACAAAGGCAAGAAAUGCAGGUUCAAAGUCUCGCAGCUUCUGGCAGACUUACUUCUCAGACAUGGGCCCACAGACAUUGCUCUUUAACUAUUCAUCUUUCAAAGACCCUCGCCAAGACUGUCUUGCAGUAUAUCGAGUAUCGUUCCCCAAGCGUGAGGGCAAGACUCCUACAUCACUCAUAGCAGCCGCUUGGAUAUUGUUAAUGGCUCGGCUUACUCAUCGCAUCGACAUCACUAUCGUGUACCUAGUCACAGGGAGAACUCUUCCCCUGGGUGGGAUCGAUACGUGCCCCGGUCCACUCAUUUCAAAACUACCCCUGCGUGUUCGACUGCCAACUGAAUCCACCGGGAUAUGCAAUGCUGCUGAUAUUGUACGCACGGAGAUGGUGCGGGUCAUGCCACAUGAGCACACUGGCCUAGAUGCUAUGCAAAGUCUGACAAGCCAAGACGGUGAGGCUACGCCUCUGCAUGCGGCCUCACUGUUAGGUCACUUACCAUUCGACCUUGCUAUUCAUCCAGCAGGCCACACAGACUUUAGUGGCGCAAAGGGCACUGGCAUGGCCCAUGUGGGGCAGAAGGUUGUGGUACCUCCUCCUGGAACGUUCUCAGCCGAGUGCUCAAUUGUGUCAGAGAAGGAUAAUAUUGAAGUGGAUUUGGCUAUGACCUGGGAUUCUAGGGCUGUAGAUAAGAAGGGGGUCGAUGAUAUUAUAGGACCUUGGAGGGAGAUUAUAACAGAUGAUGCUUAG